UUAACGCUGCAAUCGAUACACAUGGCAAAAUAAACAAUACUAUAAAAGAAAAACCAAAACAAAAGGAAAGGAAAUUUAGAGGCAAACAACAAAUGUUGCGUAACCGACUACUGCCACUGCAACAUGCCACCAUCAAAUUGCAGCUGCAGCGGGCAAAGAGCAACAACAGUGCCGCCAGCUCAAAUGCCACACGCCAGAGCAAAAUUCUAGGCAAACUCUUUGGCAGUCGUGUGGCAGGCACCAAGAAACGCUGGUAUCCCAGCCAUGAGGCAACAACUGGCAGCGGGGGCAGCAGUGCCAGUUCCAACGGCAGCUAUCAGCCACCGAGUGUCGUUUUCCAGGCGUCGCAGUUCGGGAAGAGCAGCGGCAACGGUUCCAAGCAAAACACGCGUCGCAUGUCCGUGUUGAAUAAACUGUUUAUGACCCACAUUACGGAUCUGCUUGCCACAGGCGAAGCAGCGGACACAAUAUUGGGACGCGGCCUGCAGGUGUCACGCGUGAAGAUCAGCUCGGAUUUCAGCUGCGUCAAUGUUUAUUGGAUGGGCAAUGAUGCAACACUGGAGACGGAGCUGCAACGCAGCAGCGGACGCUUGCGGCACGAAUUAUCGCAGUUGCGUCUCAUGGGCGAAGUGCCGCGCAUCAAGUUUGUCCGGGACAAAACCGGCAGCAACAUCAACAACGUGGAAAACAUUCUGCGCACAUUGAAUCUAAAGCCUGUAGAGGAGGAGGAGGAGGAGGAGAAGGAGCAGCAGCAGGAGAGGGAGCAGGAUCACAGCUUUGAUGUGGCACAAACGGCGCGGCAGGAGUUCUACGGCAAUGUGGCAAUGCCAACGACAACUGCUGCUUGGCCGGAAAUGCGGCACGAUGUUUUGGGACUCGAUCAUCGUCGGAUCAUGGACAAGAUCUGGACCAAAAUGCGCAAAACCAAGCAGGCUUGGGAACAGCAUCAGCAACAACAACAACAACAACAAAAUCCAGACACAGCUGCCUCCCCCUCUUUCUCUUCCUCGGCCACCACCUCUCCGGAAUUGUUGCGCCUGCAACAACAAAUGUCACAAGCUGCAACGGAGACUUCGCAACACAAAUUCGAGGCUUUUCUGGCCAAAAGACGCGAACGUAAGCAAACGCCGGAACGUAAAAAGCAUCGACGUGAUGACGACGACUUUACGUUAUCCGCUACGUUGCCGGAUUACGAUGAUUGGGAGCAGCGGGAACGUAACACGCAGGAUGAUUACAUUCUGGAGGAUGAUAAGGAUAAUAAGCCACAUAACUAUCGCAAUUCCUAGUCGUAAACUAAAUAAACUUAAUAGUUUCUUGUUACUUGUUGAUAGUAAUUUUAGUUUUGUUAAUGAUAAUAAAAAUAAUAAUAUUGUACAAUGAA